CGGAGCAAGCAACCUGCCAAGGGCGGCUUGAACUGAAACCCUAGUCUAGACGAACCCUCCCCCCACUACAGAAACCCACGCUACGCCCGCAACUCCGCCGGCCGCCGCUCCUUCUCGUUCCACCCGCCCAUCCCCUUUCCCCUCUGCUUCCGCCCUCGCGCGCGCCUCCUCCUCCUGCCAUAUUCCUUGCGAGCCCUCUCCUCCCUCUCCUUAGUGCUUCCUCCAGUCGACGUCUCCGGUGGAAGCCGACGUCUCCAGGCACUAGACGACGCCGCGGCUGUCGCCCUUAAGCAGACGGUGUCGCCGUCGCGAUCCAAGCAGGGUUGUUGUGUGAAGUGCCACAUCACCACAUGGAUUCAAUAGCUCAAGAUUUCCAGCCCCGGACAUUCUCCAUCAAACUAUGGCCACCAAGUGAAAGCACUCGUUUGAUGCUAGUGGAGAGGAUGACCAAGAACCUGUCCAAUGAGUCAAUCUUUUCUCGCAAGUAUGGCCUUCUGGGCAAAGAAGAGGCCCACGAGAAUGCUAAAAGGAUUGAAGAUAUGUGCUUUGCUUCUGCAGAUGAGCAUUUCAAGAAGGAGCCUGAUGGUGAUGGGAGUUCUGCAGUCCAGCUAUAUGCAAAAGAAACUAGUAAGCUGAUGCUGGAUGUCCUGAAAAGAGGCCCAAAGACAACCGUGGAACCAGAAGCACCUGUUAUUGAUACACCUCCUGAGCCUGCUGAUACUGUGUUUGAUAUAUCAGGUGGCAAACGUGCCUUUAUUGAAGCAGAAGAAGCAAAGGAGCUACUGAGUCCCCUAACAAAACCAGGAAACUCAUACAAAAGGAUCUGCUUCAGCAACAGGAGCUUUGGUAUUGGUGCUGCCAAUGUUGCUGGGCCAAUUCUUGAAUCUAUAAAGACGCAGCUCACGGAGGUAGAUAUCUCAGAUUUUGUUGCUGGAAGGCCUGAGGAUGAAGCUCUUGAUGUGAUGCGCAUAUUCUCCAGAGCAUUAGAGGGAUCCGUACUGAGAUACCUGAAUAUCUCUGAUAAUGCUUUAGGCGAGAAGGGUGUCAGGGCAUUCAAAGAGCUCCUGGAAUCACAGGGCAACCUGGAAGAACUAUAUGUGAUGAAUGAUGGUAUAUCAGAGGAAGCUGCAAAAGCUCUAUCUGAGCUUAUUCCUUCGACUGAGAAGCUGAAGGUUCUUCACUUCCACAACAAUAUGACUGGAGAUGAAGGAGCAAUGUCAAUUGCUGAGAUGGUUAAGCGUUCCCCAAAUCUGGAGAGUUUUAGGUGCUCAGCGACAAGGAUAGGUUCUGAUGGCGGGGUGGCAUUGGCUGAGGCGCUAGGGACCUGUACUCAUCUGAAGAAACUUGACAUCAGGGAUAACUUAUUCGGUGUUGAGGCUGGGGUAGCUCUCAGCAAAACGCUUCCAAAGCUUCAUGAUCUCGUUGAGCUGUACCUCAGUGACCUCAAUCUUGAGAACGAGGGUACAGUAGCAAUUGUGAAUGUCCUCAAGCUGUCAGCACCUCAGUUGGAGAUCCUUGAAAUGGCCGGAAAUGAAAUAACGGCUGAAGCAACCCAAGAUAUAGCAGCAUGCCUGAAAGCAAUGCAAUCCCUCAAGAAGCUGACCCUGGCUGAGAAUGAACUGAAGGAUGCUGGUGCAGUGGUCAUUGCUCAAUCAUUGGAGGGAGGCCACGCAGAUCUGAAGGAGCUUGAUGUGAGCACAAAUAUGUUCCAGAGGGCUGGAGCUCGGUGCUUUGCUCAAGCAAUCACAAACAAACCAGGUUUUAUGCAGCUGAAUAUCAAUGGGAAUUUCAUAUCUGAUGAAGGGAUUGAUGAGGUCAAGGCAAUUCUGAAGGGCGGUAAGAACUCGCUGGAAGUGCUUGGCCCAUUGGAUGAAAAUGAACCUGAUGGGGAGCAGGAAUAUGAUGAUGAGGAAGAGGAUGGGAGUGAUGGCGAUGGUCAGGUUGAGAAUGGGGAGGAUGGUCUGGACACGAAGCUGCAGCAUCUGAAGGUGGAGCAGGAUGACUAGUCACAUUCAGAUGGACUAGCUCCCAUCUUUUGCACCAACUAGCAUAAAAAAUCUUUACCACCCAGGUCAAACUUCCCCUAUAAACUGAACUCACCGUGGCUCCAUUCUUCUAAAAUGAAUCAAGCAGCCUGGUGAUUUAUCUGUAGUCCUCUGUAACCUUGGAUGUUCUGUCAUGUUUUAUCAACAUCUUGGUUAUCUGGUCAAGGCCAUGUGAAGCUGGACCCAUAAAAUCUGUGGCAUGUCUUUGCUGUGCUAUCUUUGAAACUUAUGAUGCGAUAUCUUCCAGAUCUGUGAUAAGGCUGAGAGGCCAAAUAUACAAUUCAUGUAGCAAUUGGUGACUUGGGUAAUGUACCGUAGUCUAUUUGAAAUUUAACUUGUUCAAUGUUGUGUUUAGUGUUCAGUAAUGAGGCAAGGCUGUGGGCAACUGUACUUUCUUAUGCUUUGCUUGGAAUUCCUGCCACUCAUUGAGCUUUCGUGGGAGCA